GUGUCGCCACAGCUUCUAGUAGUACGCGAUAAGCUUUUUAGUUUUAUUAUAUGACAUAUUAAAGUGAGAGGAAGAGGGAAAAUAUUUCAGAGAAUUAUGGGAAUUGAAGAAGAACCUGUUAAGUUAUCAGUUGAUAUCAAGAAACAGGACAAAGAUCGUGAAAAAGUAGAAAAACGUCGUAGGUCUCGAUCCAGAAGCAGAGAAAGACACAGACGUUCACGUUCACGUAGCAGGGAGAAACGGAAAAGAAGUCGAAGCAGGAGUAAAGAGCAUGAGCAAAGACAUCGACGUGAUAAGGGAAAAGAUAAAGACAAAUCAAGAAGUAAAGAAAAACGUAAAGAUAAGGAAAAGAGAAAUGAAAGAAAGGAUAAGAACCAUUAUGAAGAUGAUGACGAUGAAAAAAAACAACCAAAGAAAGAACCACUUUCUCUGGAAGAAUUGCUUGCUAAACGAAAAGCUGAAGAAGAAGCUAAAAGUAAACCUGUUUUCCUAACAAAAGAACAAAGAAUACAAGAAGCUCUCCAACGGCGACAACAACAGGUGGAGGAACAACGAAGAGUCACGGAGGAAGAAAGAAAGAAGAGGCAGGAGUUUAUGGAAGAGGCAAAAAAAUUACAAGAGGAUUCUCGUGACCGUGAGCGUCGUGAGCGAAGAGAAAAGAGAGAAAAUCCUGAAGAGGAAGAAGACCGUGAAAAAAUUCGUGAAAAUAAAGACAAGGAGAAAGAGCUUGAAGCCAUAAAAGAACGUUAUCUAGGACUUAUGAAGAAAAAGAGACGUGUUAGACGACUCAAUGAUAGGAAAUUUGUUUUUGAUUGGGAUGCUUCUGAAGACACAGCUGUGGACUACAAUCCUAUCUACAAAGAGAGGCAUGGCAUUCAGUUUUUUGGUCGUGGACAUGUAGCUGGUAUAGAUUUAAAGGCUCAGAAAAAAGAACAGUGCAAGUUUUAUGGAGAUCUGUUAGAGAAACGAAGAACAGUGGCUGAAAAAGAGCAAGAAGCUAUUCGUUUGAAGAAAAUAAGGAAGAAGGAAGACAAACAAAAAUGGGAUGAUCGCCACUGGACACAAAAAUCAAUAGAACAAAUGACUGAAAGAGAUUGGAGAAUUUUCAGAGAAGACUUCAAUAUUGCUAUCAAAGGUGGAAAAAUCCCUAACCCUAUACGUAGCUGGAAGGAAUCUAAACUCUCAAAAACAAUUCUGGAGAUUAUUGAUCAGCUGAACUAUAAGGACCCAACUCCCAUUCAAAGACAAGCUAUUCCAAUUGGCUUACAGAAUCGUGAUAUUAUUGGUGUUGCAGAAACAGGAAGUGGUAAAACCUUGGCAUUUUCUCCCCUGUUGGUUUGGAUUACAUCUUUGCCUAAGAUUGUUAGGACAGAAGAUAUUGACCAAGGUCCUUACGCAAUUAUUUUGGCACCAACAAGAGAACUGGCACAACAGAUAGAAGAAGAGACCAUGAGGUUUGCUAAAAUGCUUGAAAUAAGAACAGUUGCUGUUAUUGGUGGCUUGUCUCGAGAGGAACAAGGCUUCAAGCUAAGAUUAGGGUGUGAGAUUGUGAUUGCCACUCCUGGUCGUAUGAUUGAUGUUUUGGAGAAUCGUUACCUGGUAUUAAGUCGUUGCACUUACAUUGUACUAGAUGAGGCUGAUAGAAUGAUUGAUAUGGGUUUUGAACCUGAUGUUCAAAGAAUUCUUGACUACAUGCCAGUUACUAAUCAGAAGCCAGAUAGUGAUGAAGUUGAAGAUGAAGAAAAAUUGCUGGCAAAUUUUGCUUCCAAAAAUAAGUAUCGUCAGACAGUUAUGUUUACGGCUACUAUGCCUCCGGCUGUGGAGCGGCUUGCUAGGUCCUACCUGCGACGACCUGCUGUAGUAUACAUAGGAUCAGCUGGCAAGCCUACAGAGCGUACAGAACAGAUAGUGUAUAUGGUGACAGAAGCCCAGAAAAGGAAAAAGCUUUUGGAGAUCUUGGGAAAAGGUGUGGAGCCUCCAGUUAUCAUAUUUGUAAACCAAAAGAAAGGAGCAGAUGUUCUGGCUAAAGGCUUGGAGAAGAUGGGAUUUAAUGCAUGUACAUUGCAUGGUGGAAAGGGCCAGGAACAGAGAGAAUUUGCCCUUGCCAGCCUCAAAAGUGGAGCUAAGGAUAUGUUGGUUGCUACAGAUGUUGCUGGGCGUGGUAUCGAUAUUCGUAAUGUUUCUCUGGUUAUAAACUAUGAUAUGGCUAAGACUAUUGAAGAUUACACCCAUCGUAUUGGUCGAACAGGUAGAGCAGGUAAAACUGGUGUGGCCAUCUCAUUUUUGACAAAAGAGGAUAGUAACCUGUUCUAUGAUUUGAAACAACUAAUCUUGUCCAGCCCUGUUUCUAACUGCCCACCUGAACUAGCAAACCAUCCUGAUGCCCAACACAAACCUGGGACAGUGGUUACUAAGAAACGAAGAGAAGAAAAGAUAUUUGCAUAACAGAUCAGGAAUUUGUUGAUUGUUAGAUUUACUAUAGCAACAAAAUGUUUAGGUUAUGACAAAUGAAAGAGUAAUAUGAUAUCUAUUUCAUUCACUAAGUAUGGCUGUAAAUAGGUUUUCUGAAACAAUGUAUGCUUCACUGAUUUCUUAAAGAAUUUUUCAAUAAAAAAGUUCUAAAAUUU